AUUUCUAGUGCUAUGUACUUAAUUGGAAUUGGCUAACAUAUGUUAUGGCAAGGUCAGGUUUUUUAUUCUCUAAAGCCUUACCUGUCUGCCUGACUAUCACUCCAGGGCUGCGUAUACUCGCCGUCAUCCCGGUCAUCCCACAAGGUGACACAACCUUGGAAGCCAGUCCAUCUGCGACGUGCGCAGCCUUCUCGUUGGCUGCCCUGGUCGCUUCAGCCAGGUGCAGCGACGACUGUACAUGGUAUUACACUACGCAUUGAAGGUGGCGCGACGCUAGAAAGGCACUAGAAGAAGAAGAACCCACCCGUCGACCAAUCAUAACGCUCAUUCCAAUCGCAUCUGAGG